AUGGCUUGCCUCAAAUUUAGGUUUGCGAUCGAUAGAGGAGGGACGUUCACGGACAUUUUUUCAGAAUGUUCAAACGGAGAAAUCAGGGUUAUGAAGCUGCUUUCUGUAGAUGCUGCUUAUCCUGAUGCUCCAAGAGAGGGUAUACGAAGAAUUCUGGAAGAGGUAGGACAAUGCAUUUUCCCCUGGAAAGGGUGACAGGGAUGCUCGUCGGAAAUUCAAAACAAACCCCUAAAGGAGACUAAUGUGGGUGUGGUUCAAGCUUAAACUGACCGCUAAAGGAGACCAUACCAAAACAUACAUAACGGCAUUUUUUUACAGCUCUAAGCGACACUUGAAUGACGUUGUGUCCUAAACAGCCUAAUUUACACCCUUAGCGAGACCACGAGCAUCCCCGCCACUUUUAUGUGAGAGUCCCCCCGGGUCAUUUUCUCUGGUCCCUGGGACCCGGGGGAGGGGUCACGUAUGGAAAGUUUGUGUACUAAGUAAAAGUGUUUCACUGAGGCCUUCAAACUCUUCAAACUCUGGCACUCCUUGUAAGAAACAAACCUCUCAUAAUUUUAGCUAACUUGCUCAAGACAAGUGACCCUUUUUCAUGACCCUGUUUUAUUUCACUGUGCAUACAAAUCGAGUAAAGUAUUUGACAUCACAGAAUCAGAUAGUUCUUUAAUGCAGGCCACACACCGCCAACGUUCAACCUCCUUCAAGGCUUCUGGUCCAAAAAGAAACCCUUUUCAAGAUGCUUAUAAUGAUGAAAUGAAAACAGUUUCAGAGGCUGAAGGCUUCAGAAGCACACCUUCACCAAACUUCCCUUGAGGGUCACCCCCUGCCCCUCCCUGAGAGUGGCUUAAAUCCAUUUGAUGGUACAUUGCAUGUUAAAUGUGCCCAGAGGAGGGGGGAGGGGAAGGUACUCAACAAAGUUUUACACAGGGAGGCUUCACCCUGAGGUCCAUCCCCUUUACCCUUUUAUAUUUAAGCAAUAGAAAACGUUUUCCGUGUUUGCAUAGCAGGAUGUAAACAAGAGAGGGGUUGGGAGAAUUCGAGACAGUUAUGCAAACCCGAGACGAAGUCGAGGGUUUGCAUAACUGUCAAGAAUUCUUCCAAUACCUCGAGUGUUUAUAUCAGGCUAUACAAACACAGGUAAGAAGUUUUCCAUUGCUUUUAUAAAAUAACUUUCCCCAGUAUUGUAUGGCACUGAUUAAAAGAGAAAUUCUUACCAGUCGCAAAAUCUUGUCCACGAAGUCUUGCGCGCGUAAUCAGUUCUUGUUUUGCAAAAAGAUGCUUUGCAAACUAGGGAUUUUUCUCGCUUAAAAUGUCAGCUUAAGCGAACAAAAAUUGACACACCUUCUUUGUAACGAUUUUCCGAGUUUCAGCUGAUGAAGGAAUGGGUAAAUAAAGUAAACUUGUUGAGUUUUGAACUCAAAAACUUUUUCAAAUUCGUGCUUGCCUGAUUAGCGCGCGAAAAGCAAAACAUCUUGACACCACAACCAUGUUUACAUACCCUCAUGCAAACACUCCUCUCAGCCAAUCAGAGCGCGCGUACUAUCUUCGUUAUUUUAUAAACCAUUUUAGGUGGAAAAGGGAGCCCCUUCCUCAUACCUUCUUUUGAGAAAUGGUACCCCUUUUACAUACCUAGUUUAGAACUUGGCAUUCCUUCAAACUGCUGUAAAUGCACAGUCUUUGAAGUUUAAAUAAUUGAAAAAACUAGAUGUUUUCUCAACUUUUUCACAGCCACAAAAUGCAUCUGCUAGUCCUUACAUUGUGUAAUUGCCUUUUUACAUACCAAAAUGACAGAAUUACCUCCCCAAUCAACUAGUGAAAUCCCCAACCUUUUCAUAUGCUAAAGAUCUGAAACAGGCACCCCUGUUGGGUGGAGCCUCCCCGUAUAGGCCAUUAUAGGGAGUACCCCUGGGGUAAUGUGGUAAUAAAUACAAAAGACAACCUGUCAGCUGGGAAAAGGAACACUGGCUAGAAAGUCUCUUAGAUGUAAUUUCAUGGAUGACUCAAAAGAGGUAUAUAAGAGCAUUGGAUGUUUACUUGGAGUCAUGCCAUUGUGAAGCUGACUGUGCAAGGUGGAGAAGUACUUUAAACCAUACCUGAGUCAGAAGAAGAGAAGCGUGAUGAACACAGCAGCAGACAAGGGGGCAUGCAAAAAGAGUUACAGCAACUCUACCAGAAUGGAGACCAUUUUUCAUUCAGAUUGUUCUCUACAGCUACAAAAGAGUACAGCUCCAGUGGAGCAGACAACCUUGGCAACUAGGAUGCAUCAUCCAUGGUCACCGACCGAAGGAGGACUACAUCAUUUUUGGGUGAUACCCACAGUUUUUAGAACAUUAUUGUAAUAUUACCUAAUACUUUUAUCCUUUUGUGUGUCAGGUGACUGGAGUAAAGAUGCCGGCAGACGAGCCAAUAGAUCCUAAAUACAUUGACUGGAUCAGAAUGGGUACAACUGUUGCCACUAAUGCUUUGUUGGAAAGGAAAGGAGAAAGAAUGGCGCUGGUUAUAACUGAAGGAUUUCAUGAUCUUCUCCACAUUGGAAAUCAAACUAGGCCACAUCUCUUUGAUCUGGUGAAAUAAUCUGUGCUUUAUUAUUGGUAGCUUUACCUGACAAACCCCUUGCCCUUUCUUUAACAAAAAAAAUUGUGGCUCUAGAAAAUAUCUUAAUCUAGGACAACUCACAGCAUCACAUGCAGUUGUUUAAACCCUUGCUUGACCGUUAUCGCUUUCUUGACCUACACGAAAAUAUAGGCUGUCUUGCAGUCUGAGGUAUCUCUUGCAUGCACCUGUUGUAAUAUCCUUUUUCUGUUCAGGAAGUGGUACAGGUCUUUAUUCUAUUACGAGUAAAACAAUGAGCUCACUUAAGCUGCACAGGAGCUGGCAUGUUAAUUUUCAAAUCAGUGGUAUUCUUCUUACUUCCCAGACUUUGAUGUAAAUUGUAGAAAGCUCUUAAUUACCAUAAAAAUAUCGCUUGUUUUGUAAUUCAACAGACAGCAACAUGUCCAGAAGUUUUAUAUGAUAAUGUGAUUGAAGCUAAAGAGCGAGUCAUUCUUGCACAAGAAAAAAGUGAAAUUAAAACCCCAGAUGGCAGCUAUGAAGUUACUGCAAGCACAGGAGAGAAGGUUUUACAGUAUAAACAAUAAUUUUAACUGUAUCCCCUAAAAAUAAUAGUAUAAAUCAGUGGUGGAUUCAAGCAUCUCAUCCAGACCCUUAAUGAAAGGGGGAGGUGGGGGGGGCAAGCUGAAAAAAAAUUCUCAACCCCUAGGGAUUCAGUUUGGCCUAAAAAUAUGGUAAGGGCAUGGGACAGGGCUGGCCUCCUCAGACCCCUACCCUAAACCUGCGUGGGUAAAUGUUUGUGUAGUUACUAAAAUCCUUUGCAGUUUUGUGUUGCAUUUUAUUGGAAUGAGUCCAUUGUGGAAUGAGAAUACAUGGAGAAAUGCCAUAGGUCUUAUUCCUGUUGAUUGUAGAGCUUCUCAGCUGUUUGUUAGCUUAGGGCCUGAUGUAAUUGUUACAUUAAAUUGCAGAUGAGAUUAUGAGAUUCCUAUGUAUUUACAAGCAUCAGAUUUCUAUUGUUAAUUCCAUUUAAUCUCUAUAUUAAAGAAUAUGAUAAACCAAAAGGUCAAUUUUAACUCUUUUUUAUUCCAGACGUGCACAGUUACACCAUACUUAAAAUAUUUCUCUAUAUCUCCUUUUCUUUAGCUUAUAGUGUGGCAGCCUUUGGAUAAAAUCUCACUUAAAAGGGAUCUUCAUGUAAGACGUUAAACUUUUAGUUUGUAAAGAACAAUGUUCAUUUAAUUUUUAUAAUAAUAUUCUAGCUAGCAUUGUGUUGAGCCCUUAAAUGAAUAUAAGUACUAAAACUGAAGCACAUUAAUUGCAUAUGCACACAUCACUUACAUGAACUGAAAGGAUAAACGAUAAAGUUAUAACAGAAUACGUACAGUGGAACCAUUCGUAAUACCAUGGUGUUUGAAGAAUUUAUAAUCAGUCAUAUUAUUUUUUCCCAACUGUGUGGAUCAAGGCAUCUAUAUAAACCUCUACAGUCUUAGCCUUUCAAACCUCUUAAUACCCAAAAUGCAGUUUUCAAAGCAUCACAAAGAGGCUAAUUAAUGAAGUAUGGAGAACAGUGUAAAGAAUAUAUUUUGUUCAUAUUACUUUUAAGAGUUAAUAUUGGCUGAACCUCUAUUAUGUCUUUAAAUAUUGCAGAGAAUAUUGAAUAAAGGAAUUAAAAGCCUGGCUGUAGUGCUCUUACAUUCUUACAUGUAAGUAUCUACAACUUCUACCUGUUCUACUCCAUCAUUCAUCCUGUAACUAACUAUGGGAGAACGAGAGCAAGGUGAAAAUUCAGGUUAAGGACUAUCUUUCCAGGGAUCUGUAAUACUGCCAUACUAGAAGUACAUGUCUCCCAAAACCUUGCAGACCUUGCAGAGAAUACUUGUCCUGGGUAGUAUAGCGUCACCAGCGCAACCGCGCUACUCUGGACUAUCGAGCUUUUCAUACAAUUACUUACAAAACAUGGCGAACCAUUUACACGAGAAACAAAAAGUUGGCUUAGCUGGAGGUGUGUCAGCCUUUUAUGAUUGUAGGGUCACCAACCAAGCCGAGCCAACUUUUCUUCAUAUAAACACUUUGGCUUGCACGGCCGGUCAACUCGAUCGUGGCGAGACAAUCAGAAAGCGCUGUUGGCUUCGACAGGCAUCAAAUUUUUCUCAUACAAACGCUCGCUUAAGUUGACUUUGGCGGAGAGCAGCGGGAGAGGGUAACCCCCCUUUUCAGGUCAACUUUUCUCAUACAAAUGGGGCAUCAGACAGUAGUAACACAUCAUAUAAGUUUCCCAAUAUUUAUUGUUAGUUCAUCUAGAUGUAGAUCUAAAACUAAGCUUUGCUUACUACAAGGUUUGAUGCUCACGAGAAAGAAGUUGGUGAAAUAGCUCUUGUCAUGGGUUUUACUCAGGUGUCGCUUUCCUCAUCUGUCAUGCCUAUGAUCAAAAUCGUCCCCAGGGGAUACACAGGUAUUUUGUUCUUAGACACCAUGCAUAGCUGCACUAUUAUAGGACACAAUACCGUUAAGGUAAAAUGGCACACAAUCCACUAACAUGGUUUGGUACUAGGAUUCAAAUUAUUCUUAUAUCGUUCAUCAUCACGUAAUGUUAAACCUCAGCGCCAGCUUUCUUUAUCCUUUGAUUCAGCAAAAAAAGGAAAAUACCUGAAACACCGAAAUGAAUAAUGGUCUUCAUUCCAUACAAAUUAUUGGUCCUAACUUUGCCUGAAAUUUCGCCUACAAGUAACAAAUUGUGUAUUAAAAGUUCAGUAAUAAUGAAGACGCUCUUAGAGCGUUACCACGGGCUACAGUGAUAGGUGUUUAGGGAAAACAAGAGCUGAAAUGGCUGAAUUGAAGACCAAGCGGCAAACAAAGGAAAAGAAAAGAAAAGAAGAAAAAGGAAAAAAAUAUAUCACUUUGGAGAGCAAGAGAUGUUCUUGGAGAAGACAAACAAAGGAAGUUACCAUUUAAAAUGAUGUCAGCUUUUUGUUUGUUUUGUUCCAAUGCGUACCUUGCUCUCCAACAUGGCGGGUUUGUAUCACGUGAAUGACUAUAGCUGCAAAGGGUCUUCGGUAUAGAGGACCAUCGCGUGCAAGGCGCGUGAGUGAAUGAAGUGGCGAAUGUCAAGACAGACGAUUCAAGAAGCGCUGUAUAAAAGAAACAAAAAAUUGCUAUGUCUUGUUUUAUCGAGUUCGUUUACCCACAAAGAAAUGAGGCUCUACUUUCUUACGAUAGAUAACUCAACCCACCACUCAUCUCUUAUGACGUGGUAGUAAGCGUUACAUACUACCUCAAAUGUUUUUAAUUGUUUUCACCAACCCGUCGUAAUUCCACGCGUUUUCAUUCGGGUUAUAGACGGAACGUGAAACCUCAACUCAUGCAAAGUCCGAGUAGUUCAGAUAUGGAUUAUCGUACAGUGGAACCCCGCCUUACGGCCACCUCGAUAAUACGAUCACCUCGUUUUUACGGCAACUUUUUUUUGGCCGCCCGGUUAAAGCGACCAUACAUUUUCUUGUAAGAAACCCUCGUUAAUACGGUCACCUCGUUAUUACGGCCAAAGUUUUUUGGCCUAUUGGUGACCGUAUUAACGGGGUUCCACAGUAAUAACUUAUUUUAGUGAUGCCAAUGAUCUUUUAAGAUCAAAUGCACCCUAGCCUCCAGAAAAGUCGGUUUUUUUUCCCACCUUUUUCGGGAAAACAAAACACGAAGCGGGCAUGUGUCUCACGCUCCUUGUUCGCCUGAAAAACGCAAAAAACAGCUAACACCUAAUGCAAACUCUAGUGUUCCAAGCUUGAGACCAGGACCACUCUCCACAAAGGCCAACAAAGUUUCUUUUUAAAAUAGUCUCCAUGGAGAGAUUUUUUUUAAUAGCAGAUUUUGUCUACAAACCUAAGACAACUAUAUUACAAUUGAUGUUCCUUAUUCACUUCUUCUUUAAGCUUGCGCUGAUGGUUAUUUAACACCAUGCAUCAAGAGAUACGUCAGUGGGUUUAUGUCUGGCUUUAGAAGAGGAAUCGAGGUAAAUCUAGCACGCUAAAUUAUCACCGCGAAGUAUCAACGUAAUACUUUCUUGCGAGGUUAGCCUGAUAUUGGCGGAUCCUUCGUAAGCUGAGCGAUGAUUGUAACCACUCUAACUAGAAUAAUACCAGAGGAUUUUUUCGUUGUAGGAAUUACAGUAAGUCCAGUAAUACCCCGGGGGACUGCCAUAUAUGGGCUAUAUAGGUAUGUGCCGCUGUGAAGGGUAUGAUUUUCAAGCCGUUUACUCUAGGAUAGGGUAUAUAAAUCAAAGCGUUUGGGUCUAGAAUAGGGUAUUAUUUUUUAGGAAACUGAUCAGUUGGUUGAAGAUCAUUAUCUACACUAGGGAUUGUGGUAUAAGGUUUUGUUUUGGCUAGACUGUGCUACCCUAGGAUAGGGGGGAUUUGGGGAGUUUACUCUAGUAUAGGGUAGCAAAAUUCAGCUGAACUAGCUCUGGUAUAGCUUAAGGGUUCCAGGGUCCCAGCGGCACAUACCCACCCGGAAAUUCCUUAAGUCCCCCCCCCCGGAAGAAAUACCUCUAUUUGUAAUUACAGUUUGGUGCAGUAUCUUCUUGUAAGAUCAAUUGGCAAUCUUGAAGUCAAACUCCUUGGUUAAAAUGUUUAUCUUAAGUUACCUGUAACCCACAUAUAAGAACCUGCUUGAUCUUACUUUGCUAAACAGAUUCUUAUAUUUUUGGGUAUUAAAGUGCCAAGUUUCUGCCAGCAGGUUCUUAAACCACAGGUUCUUAUUAGCGGGUGUUUACUGUAUUUCAGCUUGGGUUGGAAGAAAUAAUCGGUGUCUUAACAUAUCGAAUCCUGGCUGUAGACAAGUGUGUUGUGAGCUUCUGGACGAUUAAAUCAAUUUUAACUCUGGAUCAUGCUUAUUUUUUCCGUAGCUCAUGGCAAUGAUUCGUAAUUGCCAACUCUGAAAAAAGACAACUUGACCUAAUCUGCAAUAAAUAUUAUAAUUGAAAAACGGUACAUUUAAUCGAAGUGCGUGUGCCUCAUUUGUAGUCGUUGUUAUUUUAGUCGCUAUCUUAGUUCACAUUCAGUUCAAUUUCAUUCUUUAUCAAGGACAAAGUUCUGUUCAUGCAGUCAAACGGUGGCCUAACUCCUGUUUCAAGGUAAGGAAAAUUCUUAUAGGUAAAUGAGCUAUUUAUUUAUGGCUGAAUCCCCGAGCGGUAAGAUCUGAUUGGCUACCUGAGCGCACACGAUAGGCUAUGUUGCUAGCUGUGUGUCCCCGAAGAAGAUAACAAGACAAGUACUUUUGGCUCUUUCUUCUGCUGCUUAGAUAACAGUAGAGUUACCUGCAGACUGACUUGAUCGAUCAAUUGUCUGAUUUUCUUUACCUUCUUUAGAUUUUCUGGAUGUCAUGCCAUUCUUUCAGGUCCCGCAGGUGGUGUGGUAAGCAAGAACAAACGUUUUUCUUUUUUUGAAAAUAAAUCAAUGGGCAUUUUGGUUUAACAGCCCGUUUCCGAUUCCAAAUAAGAACCACUUGGCGAAAGCAAAAGGCACACAGUACACGGUCUGCUCAGUCGUCUUAAUCAUGCGCUAAAUUGUGCUUAUGCGCAAAGAAAAUAAGCGUGCCAAUGAUAAAUCAUUUUGUCUGCUCUCAUAUCACCCAUAAAAUAAUAAAUAUCUUACAAAGUUCGUUUUUUCUAUCUGCUCUGUAAUUGUAGGUCGGUUAUGCCAUGACGGCGUACCAUAAAGAAACAGAUCGGCCUGUGAUUGGUUUUGACAUGGGUGGUAUGUAUAAACUAGUUACUAGUCUCUUCUAUCAUGGGACAUAGUAAUAUUUUGGAACGUUAUCAAUUCUUUUUCCCAAUUGGCUCUGCAGUGCUUAGAAAAGUACGGUUGAACCUCACUACAACGGUAACCCUGGGGACAGAAAAAAGUGGCCAUUGUAGAGAGGUUGAAACAAGAGUCAAUGUAUGGACUGUCCGCCAAAAAAAAAAUAGCCGUUGUAGCGGGGUGGCCGUUAGUGGAGUUUCGUCUGUACCCACACCAUACCUUGUAUGACUGGAAGUUAAAACUUUGCUAUACAAACGCACUACGUUUAUGUCAGCAAGAUUACUUUGCCCCCUGUUGUAUGCUGCCAAUAGACUCUCCCACCGUUUUUUCAACUUUUGAUAUGGAUAAGUUAGGGAAAAUCCAGACUUGCCCCCACCAUACAAACGUCUGUAAACUUUCGCAACUCUCCGGUGCUAAAUCUUCGCUCGCUUAAGACGUAUCACUUUCAAAUUUGGCAAUUUUAUUAAUUUUAAGGCCCUCUUUCCAGUGUUGUCGAAGGCUUUUCCCCAACUGGUCCAUGUCAAAAGUUGAAAAAACCGUCGAAGGGUCUUUUCAGUUCACUUACGUAGCUAUCAUAUAUUUAAAUGCAGGAACGUCUACCGAUGUGUCUCGUUUUGCUGGUCAGUACGAACACGUGUUUGAGACAACAACAGCUGGAAUCACCAUACAAGCACCACAGGUAACACAUCUUCGUAGGUCUAGGGAGGAGGGCAAAAGAGCUUCAGGGAGCUUUGAAAAUGGAAAAAAAUGAUUAGCCUUAUUGUAAAUAAAGCAUUCCAGUUUUCAGUUACAACGGCCUUUCCGUUUUUAGGUCCCGAUCACACCAUUGUGCCCAGACUGUAUUACAGCAGUUUCUCUAAUAAUUAGUAAAAAGAAUGAAACGGGAUUGCACUCUAAUCCCAAGGUUUUGAAUGGUUUUGGCCACUUAAGUUUCAUUUUAGCAAUGCAAACGGGCAAAAAAAGCAGAAGAGGCAACAGAGCACCUCAUCCAUUAGAGAGGUUUAAGUAAUGUUACACGAGACGAUUCGCAACGACGAUUUUUAGCGCAAUGCAGCGUGGCAACAUUGCUGCGCCAUUGUUUCGAAUGGUUACAACAUUGUUCCAACAUUGCAACAAUGUGUUGCACUAAGAAUCGUCGUUGAGAAUCGUCGUUGUGAAUCGUCCCGUGUAACAUCACCUUUAAGCAACAACGACGGCGACGGCUACGAAAACGUCACUUUAAAAGUGAAGUCGCGCUGUUUCAAACUUUAUCGCCCUUAUUCCAUCUCGCUCAAUUCGUCAAAUGUUGGCAAUUUUUUCUGGAGAUGAAUUCUAAAGCUUGUAUCAAAGUUCAGGAUGAAGAAAAAGAAAGUCGUUGUCUUGUGUUCACCUCCUCCAUAAAACGUGAAAUUAGACAUCUUCACGUUGUAGUCGUGCAGUGACAGAAAAGAAAUGUACAAAAAAGCGUGAUGCACGUGUAGAGCUGUUGUUUUGCCAAUCUAAAGGAAAUGUUGCACUGUACGAUUCGUAACGACGAUUUUUAGCGUAACACAGCGUUGCUAUGUUGGAUCAAUGUUGCAACUAUUCGAAACAAUGUCGCAAAAGUGAUGAAUCGCUGUAUUGCACUAAAAAUCGUCGUUGCAAAUCGUCUCGUGUAACAUUACCUUUAGCCUCCCGCACAGAGGUUCGUAGCGCUCUGUCACAUGUUACUCCUUGGGAGGUUAUUAGGGGGUCUUCAGUCGUUUACUUAUUAUAAUUACAGUAGCCUGUUCCCGGCCUUCAGAUAGUGGGGACAGCGCAAAGAAAAGUGAGCAGGGAAAAACAGCGUGUGUUGCGGGUUAGGGAAGGAGGUUUCCUUCUCUCUUCCUCUCCAUUUCUUCAGCUUUUUUUUCCUCCGCCCUCCAUUUCGUAGCCUGCGAAAACAGCCGUUUCUCCUCUUUACUCCUCGCCGCUUGCCGGACGUCUCUCCCGGAGAAACGUCCUAAUCGGCGAGGAGCGGGGAGAAAGGGCUGUUUUCGCAGGCUAUCUAUUUCGCACUCUCUACCGUCUGAACGCCCCGCAAGGCUGCGAAAAGACGACACGGUAUUGUUAAGAGUGUUAUUUUGAUUUGCAGCUAGAUAUCAACACUGUAGCAGCAGGGGGUGGAUCACGCCUGUUUUUCAGGGCAGGGCUGUUUGUCGUUGGACCGGAGUCCGCAGGCGCCCAUCCAGGACCUGUAUGUUACAGGAAAGGUAAAGAAGUGUUCAUUGUUAAUCUUGUUACAAAAGAUGCAAAUGUCUUGUUACCAGUCAUCAUUCAAAAUUGGUACCUUUAUAAAAGCAGCUUUUUCAAAACGAAACUUGGUAGCUAGUUACAGUUUUUAAGAAUGGAAAAAAAUUCAAGCAAGUAAAGAUCAAACUGUAUUUCAGAUGAAAGGUUUACACUGCUGUCUCAUAUAGUUUCAAAUUCAUUACCUGACGUGAUAAAGCUGCGAGUGGACAAUUAAUUGAAUGUGCUCUUUUAUUCUCUUUACUUUAUUUGCGUUUCUUUUGGGCUAGUGAGCGCACGUAGCAAUUAAUCCUUCCACUAGCGUAUCUUAUUUCUUACUGAUCUUUACAGGGGGACCUUUAGCACUUACUGACGCAAACUUGGUUCUUGGACGGAUAAUGCCCGAGUAAGUUACUGUGUUCCUCUGGUCAGUGAAAGAGGAUUUAUCUGGCCGAGUAUUGUUACUAGCUAGUUUUAUUUAGAGGCUUGUUAUAUCGAGGUUCUACAGUACUAGAUAAAAUCUGUAUGGGCGUUUACAAUGGCAGGUCACUGUAUACGAUAUUUGAUCAUGUGUCGCGAAAACUUCAGACGGCGUUUGAGUUCGAAGGGGGAAGGAUCGAGGCAAGUAGAAACUAUCGCUAACUUCCCCGAGAGAUACGUUCGCCGGCCCUUGCAUAAACCUGGGAUAUGUCAAAACUAGAAACACCCCGCCCGAUUCACUCAAUUUAUACCCGACUGUAUCAGACAAACUUUCACGAUUUCAGUUUCUCUCUGCAGUCGUCAAAAUCUGCUACGAAGAGACUGCGAAAUACAUCCUUGUCUGGAUCUUUCAUGACAAAACAAUCCACGAUUUAGCCCUUGGCAUUUAUUGUCCGAGUUUUAAAGUGGGCAGUGGUCCUUUUAAUGAGAUGCUAUGGCGUAAACUCAAGUCUCUCCUGACAAUUUGUGUAACGUUGCAGUCGUGUACAAGAGAUUCCGCUAUGUUCCAACUUAACUCUUCUUCAUAUUUUCAGAUUUUUUCCUAAGAUCUUUGGAGAAAACGAGGAUCUUCCGUUAGACAAGCAGGGAACGUUAGAUGCGUUUGAAAAACUUACAGAAGAGGUGAUUCCCGUUUUUGCGUUAUGGGGCAGACGCUAUUCAGUUCGAUUUUUCUCUUACAUGUAGAAAUACUCUUAUCGUUGUAAGUUGAUUUAAAAUUUAACUUAAAGACAUUCACCAUCCACAAGGUUAUUUAACAGUUUGUAAAAUUCAGGUUUUAAAUCCUCUGAUUCAGCUCUCAACACCUAUAGCAUGUAAGUUUGUUUAUUAUUUGCUUCACGAUAGUCUCUUUUUUUAUUGAUUGCUUAUUGCUGGUUUUCAGUCAUCAGGCUAGGUAGGACUUUUAUAGUGCAACUACUCGAACCGGGGCACUUGCAAGAUGAUUGUCCAAUCACAGUGAUUUCUGAAAACAAAAGAUUCUCAAUUUUUUUCGCAAAAGGACCAAGAAUAUUCCUAAAUUCGAGGGCUGUUCCCUGAGAGGUCAAAUUUUUCAACGGUUGCAUAGUUGAAUCUUGAAUUUUAUUGUCCCGCUUGCAAAACAGCUCGACAAGCUUUUGUUUUCAGAAAUCGUUGUGAUUGGACAAUCUUCUUCAAAAUGCCCAGGUUCGAGAAGUCGCUCUGUAAUUGCACCGUCGUCGUUAGUGAUUUGUUCAUAUCGAUCACUGAACAUUUAUUUUCUGUUCAAUUUCUAGAUAAAUGGAUUUCUAUCCUCUCAAAGUAUUGACAACAAGCAUGAUCUAUUAAGUGUUGAAGACGUUGCCAUGGGUUUUAUAACAGUUGCUAAUGAGACCAUGUGCCGACCAAUAAGAACCUUGACCCAGGCCAGAGGACACAACACGGCCAAUCACGUGCUGGCUUGUUUUGGAGGAGCCGGUGGCCAGCAUGCUUGCUCCAUUGCACAGUCAUUAGGAAUGUCAACAGUGCUUAUACACCGGUAAUAAAUAAAUGCUUUAAAUGAAACGAGAUAUUACCGUAGAGUACCCUGCGAGCAGAGGCCCUUCGAUCUUUCUAGAUAAGUCGGGAAGAGGACUUAUCUAGGAAGGUCGAAGGGCCUCUGCUCACAUGGUAACCGUAGAGCAGAGCAACCCAGCCUUUGAAUGGAAGGGAGGCUAGUGAUAACAACACAAUUUACAUUUAAAAAGCAGCCAAGCCUUCAUCAAAACAAGGUCACAUCAACCCUCGCCUCCACUCAUGGCCAGGUUACACAGUACACGACAGUAAAAUGGCCAGUUAGAAACCUUACAGGUAGUGAAGGGCAGCAGUUAAAUGGCUUCGAGUGUAGGAAACACUUUUAGAAUAAAGAUGUUCAAUGGUUCUCCCAACAAUUUGAGUCUUUAAGUAAGGCAAGUAUUGAAAUAUAAUACAUUUAUUUAACUCAGGGCUCAAAAUAACGGCCCGUCGUCCGGCCGAGAUGACCAUUUGUCAGCACAAACUUUCAGUUUGCCGUUCUUUUUGAGCAGACACGUACACUGUAAAUGAAUGUAUUUAUUCUAAGUUCUAAGUUUCAAGUACGCCUUUUCUACAGGAAGAAUAUAUUUUUGCCUGUUAAUAUAAGCUGUUAGGUUUAAAGCUCCUGGAUUAAAUCAUUAUUCUAUUAUUUUUAAUAUUUUGGACAUGAGCAAUCAAAAAGGAAACUUAACCGAGCUGAAAUUUUAUUUGGCCCGUCAGCACGACCAUCAGCAGUCAAAAUAUUAUUUUGAGCCCUGUGAACUAGAAGCAUUUCUCAUACAAGAAAUAAAUUUAUUUGUUAUACAUCGCUCUUUACGAUUCUCUUCUGUCAAGACCUUAUUUUUUAUUGUUAUCAGGUUACCAAGCAAUUGAUAACAUGAUCAUCUUUUUUUAGUUACUCAGGAAUUCUUUCUGCCUUUGGAUUGGCUCUGGCCGAUGUUGUGCAUGAAUCUCAAGAACCCUGUGUAUACAACAGAGGUGCAAACAUAGUUGAAACUUUAAUGACCAUAUUUGGUCAAAACAAAUCCCCCAACUUAUGACCAGGAUAUUGCCGUAUUAACUCAAAUAAGCGCCGCAUUUGAGGCGUGAACUAAAAUUUAACAUUAUUCGAGGAAAUACGGUAGGUGGCUAUAUUCGCAGCAGAAACUUGAGUUUAUGUACAUCGCUUAUUCGGAGGUGGUAGUCCUAACUAAAAGAGUCAAUUCCAAUAUUAUUUAACUGUUGGAUGCAGAAAGUAAUUUUAAGAAAGUUAUAGAAAAGAACAAUUUUCAUGGAAGAAACUUUAUAUUUCCCUAAAAGGCUCAAGACUCUGAAAAGCUUACCCUGUUCAGCGACACAUACACGGCGUUUAGGCCAAAUAAAGGAGUACUCCAGGGGAGGUUAAGGUGUUUUGACAGAGGUCACCGUUGAUGGCGUUAAAAAAUUUCAAAACUCAAUCGUUGAAUUCCAGGCGUUAUUUGUCUUCAACUGCGGUUUAAAGUUAAUCAUCAUUUGAAUAGCCCAUUCAUAUUAUUCAUUUGUUUUUUAACAUCCUUUGUUUCUAGAUUCGUACCAGUAUCUCGAAGAUAGAAUUGUUUUUUUGACCCAGCAGUGUACAGAGGAACUUAAAAGACAAGGGUUUGAUGAGUGAGUAUAUCACUGCGAACUUGGCAUUUUGAACAUUGGUAGUUGAUUAUCGUAGUGGACCCUAACUUCCUGGUCAAUCAUUGUGCAAGAAAUUGUUCUUAACGGACGUAAACCAAAGACAUAGUUUGUUUACCUUUUACAUGGGCAAAUCGGUCGGUUCAAGGUUUGGACAAAUGGUAAGAAAAAUCCAGGACUGGCUACCGAAAAACGGUCGCGAAAGCUUGGAACUGGCAUAAAAGAUGAUUUUUAAAAUAUGAAACACGAAUUUCCGAUGGGAACAUUUUCUGCGGUGAGACGGGACUACCUUUUCAUAUGUUCCUUUGCUAACGAAAAUUUUCCACUGGAGGCGACACGAAAAGCCGUGUUCCAUCCACUUUCCAACCGGAUUUUGCAUCACGUUCUGUAAAUCAUAGCUUGCAAAGUCUUAAAGGUACAUACGAGAUACCUGCAGAUGCCCUAUUUUUUAUUAAUAGCCAAAUGAUCUUCAGACUGUUAGCUUUGCACAAAGGGAUUCCACGAGCAAUGGACCGCCACUUUCUUUCUUAGAAACAUUAUAGUUUGAAAUUUGAUUCGUUAUAUAAUAUUUGUUAUCGUCGAAUUUUUUACAGCAAGCAGAUAUCUACCCAAACAUUCCUACACAUGAGAUAUGACAGAACUGACUGUGCCUUGAUAUGCGAUGUCUCUUCCUGCCAGUCUUACAAGAAGGUAGUUGUUUUCUGUAGCAGUCCCCAUUGCAGUCAUUCCAUUACAUGGUUGCUUGUUACAGUAGUAAUAAGAUGUUUACGGCACCAAACAUCACCUGUGCGAUGAUUUUAGACAGAGGAGUGCUUAGUGUUCAACAUCUUAGGCAGGUCAAAACAAAAGGUUUCUUGUUCUUCCCAAAAUAACAAAAAGCACAUUAACGCAUUGUUCAGUAACUUUUUCCCUUUUAGGGUUUCGUCCAACGCCUAAAGGACGGUGCCUGGUAGCUUUCCUUGAACGGCGACAAUUUUGUGUCAUUGAUAGAUUCACAAAAGACGUAUAACUCGUGGCAUUUUUGCAUUCGCUACGUCAGUAUGCCGAUAAGGCAGCCAACAGCCAGACUGUGAAACAGAGAUCGUCUGCCACCCUACCCAUUUGGGACCUUAAGAUCCGAAGACGGCGGCGAAAAUGUCUCGGAUUUUUCUACUAACUUAACUGGGUCAAAUGUAAGCGAACUCUCCUGGAGUUCGUCUUCUCUUGUUUAUGUCCUCCACAGAGGUGAUGUUACACGGAACGAUUCGCAACGACGUUUUUUUGCGCAACGUAGCGUGGGAGCAUUGUUACGACAUUGUUUCAGUGGUUGUAACAUUGGUCCAACAUUGCAACGCUUUGUUGUGCUGAAAAUCGUUAUUAUGAAUAGUCUUUUUAACAUUACUUUAAAACGUGAAAUUAGGCCUUUUGUACAUCGUAGUGGUGCAGUGACGGUAAAGAAAUAUACAAUCAGCGUCACAGUGAUGUACGUGCAGGGUUAGUGUUUGCUAAUUUAACACAUUGCUUUUCUCGUUGCUGUUUUCGUCGUUGCAUUUCUCGUUGCCGUCGCCGUCGCCGUCGCCGUCGCCGUUGUCUAGUCGUAAGGUCCCAGUUCACUUAAAUGAACCCCCGUGAUUUGGGAAAAGCGGUAAAUAGAACGUACUGUAGUUAUGCUGCGUUAUGCUGCCCUAAAACAAUUAUAAUAAAACAGUAAAAGUAGGAGUUUCAUCCAGUUCAUUUACACACUGUUCAUGGGGUUUCCUUUACUUCAAUGACAGUAUUGUGUAAAGCAAGAUCUUUUUUACCAUUCAGUACAUCUACAGUCUAACCUCUCCUUAUGGACACCUCUAUGAUACGGACACCUCUCUAUUACGGACAGUUCGUUUGGUCCCAGAAAUGCCAAAAAUCACACGUUCCCUACCUCUAUAAUACGGACACCUCUGUAAAGCGGACACUUGGUUCUGUCCCGCGGUGUCCGUAUUAAAGAGGUUUGACUGUACCAUGCUUCUAAAACUUUCUGGUUACUUUUCUUUCUUCUCAGUUUUGUCAGGAAACUGAAUUGAUGCUACCAUUCUCAAACAAUUGUUACUUUAAGCAAUUCAGUUUCAUUUUUUUUUCUGACCAGGCAGGGAUGAACUCUUAUAACUGUGGUGAUUUUGGAAAGGUAUUUACGGACAGGUGACUGCAACAGUUUUAAUUUAGUGUCUUAUUUUUCCUGAUUAUAAACUGAAAUAUUUUAAAAGCAGUUAUUCGAGAAUGUGAGAGUAAUGUCAAAUAAAUACACUCAAACCCCUCUUUACGGACACCCACUUAAUAUGGACACCUCAUUACUACGGAUAGAUUGCUUUGUCCCUGAGGAAAGAAAGACCUUACAUUUUCUCUUUAAUUCAACCCGCUUAAUACGGACACCCCGUUAAAACAGACCCUUCCUAGGCCCCCUCAGUGUCUGUAUAAACGGGGUUUGACUGUAGAUAAACUAUAUUUCGGUUCUAAACUUUCUAUCACAGGAGGAUAAAGCGUUGAAGUUAGUGCUCAAAAAGCUUUGGUCGACGUUCUUGAACGACAGUCCUUGAAUCGCUUGCCUUUUUCUUGUCACGAAGGCAUACGGGAAUGCACAUUGACUCUGAUCUCUGCUGGGCCUAACACCCCCUGCUUCUCCUGAAUUCCCCUUGCGUUUUUCUUCGUGCUUUCUGAAACCCUAAUAAAAUAGUACAGAAAUAAAUUUAAAGAUCAUCCCAGUUGACGACGCAACUUAUGAUGUUGCACAAACAUUUCGGCAGGCAAGCCAGAGUUUUUUUCCGGCUUUCUUUUCGCAACUGCAUAAGUUGCGUCCUCAACUACGAACAUUUAUUUCUUAAUUCCACUGUUCAAAUGUAUGAAAUUCACAUGUUCAUUAUUUCAUAUUGCAGUUCAGUAUCCUCUAAUAGAUAAGCAUGUAACCCAGACCGGUAUAUCAAUACUCGUGGCUUCUCUACAGAAACCCUUUACCUUUCUCUCUGUUUAGUUGACUAAUACUAUGUUGGUUUUAAAAGGUACCUUCAAGAAUUUGGCUUCUCUAUUCCCAACCGCAACAUUAUGAUCGAUGAUAUUAGAAUUCGGGGAUGUGGACAUUCUAAAACGUCAGUAACUCACAGUGUUCCAGCGUCAAGUGAACUACCUCCAGUUAAAAAAGUAAGUUUACGUGCCAGUACGUGCCAGGCGUGACUAAAUUACUUUUUGUCGUCUGUCCUUUCUCUAUCCAUCAGCUUUAUUUCCUCGUUUUUCUGCCAAAUGAUUUAUAUUCUGAAGGUUAUCAAGUAAAACGAAGUAAAAAAAAUAAACCCAAGUUUCAAGACGUGGCUUUUUAGCCGGGAGAAGCGUUCAGUUUAGAACUGUAAAUGUAGUCAUUUUGUCUCUUGUUUCAACAGGUAACAAAGUGUUUCUUUGAAGGAGGGUAUCGUGAUACAAAUGUAUACUUCCUGGACAAUUUAGCUGCAGGACAUGUGCUAGAGGGACCUGCUAUUAUUAUAGACCAACACAGGUAUGGCAAGCAUGAUUGUAACUUCAAGUUACGAAGCGCAAGUAUUGUUGUUUCGUGUGAAUCAAAAUGUCUGUAUCAGAAGUUGUUAAUAAUUCAGUCUGAUUUAAGGUAUUUAUUGCAUCUUACUGUGGGGUAACUGUUCCCACUUCUGCCUCGAGUUUCCCAGACUAACGAGAACACGUACAUGCUUAGUGCAUUGCUAUGAAGCAUAAGAAUUUUUCUUUUAAAAAACAUACAUUUCGAAAGGUUCUCGUGUAUUAUUUGACUUGCUCUUUAUGUAAUCAACCUAUUUUAUCUCAAUGCAAUAACAGUACCAUUGUUGUGGAACCACAGUGUUCAGCGUCUAUUACGAACUCUGGAGAUGUCAGAAUUGAGGUAGGUGUAUCGACACAUCAUUCUCUGUUCCUGCCCAGUGUCCAGGUCUAAUUCAGAUCUAAAGGAGUUGUGUCACGAAAUUUGUCAAAAUUCAAACAAUGGGAACCGCUAGCAAAUUGAGUGAAACUUAAAAAUAACAACCAAAACGUUAAAAGAAGGUAUAAAUAACACAGCAGAUACAAAAGAAGGCACAGAUGGACAAACUUGAAAAAGAUUGUAACGGAUUGCAGUUGUGGGUUUUUAGCCUAACAGUUUUUCAAAGUUCAUUUCUAUUAUUUGUGUUUCUGGUUUGAUAUGCUCAGUAGACGUAUUUGUUUGACACGAUUGAUUUUGCCAUUCACAAGUAAUUUUUUAAGUUCCAUAGCGAAUAAGGGUAUGUAACUGGUAUUAAAAAAAAACUAGCCACCCGUGAUGAAGCCUCUUGAAAUCUCUAUUUAAUUUCUUGAAGGUGGGAAAGAACAAGAACAAAAGACAUGUUACCACAGAUCUGGAUGCCAUACAAGUUAGUGAGAAGCCCAAUUCACUCUAUUGUGUUAAAGUUAACAGUUACUGUAUUUAUUCCAUUAAAAUUAAAUGCCGCGGUGUUUAUUUCAAAAUCACAUUUCUUAAAUCACUGACGACAAUAACGAUAAAUCAUUGGUUCAUAUUAUGUAAAAAAGAAUGAUGUCUUACUGUAAAACUCACAAAACCGUGAACACCAGAAAUAUUUAUGAAAUGUUAUUGUAAGUUGCAUCGAGUUUUUUUGUAUAAUCUUCUAAUAAACACUGAUUGGGUGCGGCGUUUGUUCGAGUAAAUACGGUAUGUGAUCUUUUGAGGGAUGAGAUUUGCUUAUGUUGGUCUCUAUAACAAUCUUACUUUGCUUAAUGUUGCAGCUUUCCAUUUUUUCUCAUCGAUUCAUGAGUAUAACAGAUCAAAUGGGCAGGUAACUUUUAACAGGCUGACGUUGGUUUCAUCUAAGGAAUUUAAGAGUUUACAGUGUGGACACUCCAACCAAGACAAUUGGAAAUAUAUUGUCCUAUUACAACGUUUUCUGAAAAAAAGGUUUUCAAGUUCUUUUGCGAAUGGACCAAUGACAACUCGUUAAUGUGACGGCUGUUUCCCCGGAGGUCAGCUAAGGGCAAAUUGUUUUAAAGUUUUCAAUAACUGUAUAGUUGGAAACUUGAAUUUUAUUGGUCCGUUUGCAAAAAGAAACUUGAGAAUCUUUUGUUUUCAGAAAACUUUGUGAAUGGACAGUCUUCUUCCAAAUGUCCGGCUUGAGUGUCAGCAAUGUAAAUUUUAUUUCAUGGUUAUGCAAAUUCACCUGUUUAAUCUCGUUAUUUUUCCUUAGGGUUCUUCAAAGAACAGCAAUUUCAACAAACAUCAAGGUAUAUACACGUAUAAUAAUAAUAAUAACGCAUCAUUUUGACACUAUCUGCUAUUAUGUGAUUUAAGUUCGUACAAAAUUCUGGUGGGUGGUGGUCAUUUGACACUAGUAGUUUCAUCUUGUAACAAAGAUCAGUGUUGUUGUAAGCCUCUAGCCAACUUGCAAAUUUCUGAGUAACCAUAACGUACCAUAGCCCAUCUUUUCCUUCCCUAACUGACCAGAUAGGUCACCUACAAUGUCAGAUACAACUACUUAGCCAAUCGAACCGUUGAUACAUUUAUUACAAUCAAACACGACCUUUCUCAUAAUUCUUAACUUCGGACAGUUUAUGUAUAUCUCCAAUUUUCAUAUAGUUGAACUGUACAAAAAACCUUUCUGUGAAAGGUUUGAACCCAGGAGCCAUUUCAUAAGUAGGUUGAUCAUGAUCGUCCUAUUCUAUUCAGGACUACUUUCACCCGGACGAUCGUUCUCAACCUACUUAUAACUUUCUCAGGUACCGAAAUAAUCAUGCACCCAUAAAAGGCUCCUCUUAAUCGGAUCCUGUGAUGCUCAAUGCUCAUACCGUGUUGAGAGAAAACUGUUAAAUUAAGCCCUUUUAGACUCUGAAAUGCCUUUGGCGCUCUCUGUCGACCACAUGGCAUUACACUGUUUCACAAAGAACAGCUGGGUGGACAUUUCUUGUGCUCCAUGUAAAAACAAAAAAAAACAAGAGAUUAACUUUGUAAAAAUUCGUGCCAAGUAGUCAAUAAAAGAACGGGACUUAAUAAUAAAAAUAAUACAGUUUUAAUUUUUCACUACUUUGUUAUUAUUAGGAGCAUCAUUCAAAGUGUGGAAGAUUUUUUGUUUUAUGUUUAGUUUUAUUUCUGAAGGAAAGACUAGACUUCUCCUGUGCAAUGUUUGGUCCGACUGGUGGACUUGUUGCCAAUGGUCCACAUGUGCCUAUGCAUCUUGGAUCAAUGCAGGAAACAGUCAAAUAUCAAGUACGUUACUAACCCUUAUUUUUGACCUCGUCAGUGGGCCGUCAAUGCAUAGUGCUCUCCAUGGAGUUAAUGGUUUAGCUCCUGUAUCUGCCAUGUUUUGAAUCAAGGUCUUUAAUAAGAAAGAUACGGCCAGCACUUAUCAGGCUGAAGCUCAAAAAGUUUCCAUUUACAGGAUUGAGAUCUGCUACAAUGGAACCUCUCCUUUGGGACACCUCUAUCCAAGGGACAUCUCUAUUCAGGAGACACAAAAUUUGGUCCCAGAAAAACGCUCUCAUAAUCUUUGUAUUAGUUACCACUAUUGAUGGGACACCUCUAUUCAGGGGAAAGGGACACAUUUUCUGGGUCCCAAAACUCGGGUUCACCCUCCAUUCAGGGGACACCUUAACAUUCAAAAGGUGACUGACCACAAAAAGGAUUCAUAUUCUUAAGUGUACACAAUCACAAUAAUGGCAGCUUUCACCACCUGAACUUUCUCACUUAAUUCGAUGUACAGCACUUGCGUGAAUUCAACAUAUAUAAUGUUGCAGAGAUAAGUUAAUGACGAUUUUUAUAGUGUCUUUGUUGGUUAAUUAUUAACAAUCCCCAGCCCAACCUCUAUUCAAUUUCAGGAGACACCUCUAUUCAAGGGACACUUGCCUCGGUCCCUAGAGUGUCCCCUGAACAGAGGUUCCACUGUACAAGAAUUACGAACAAUUCGAUAAGAAUGCACAGCUACAAUAAUCCCUUAUGAAAAGAAAAAUGGCUGAAUAAGAACUGUCCAUUUUCGCGGUUUUCAGUUUUCCUCCUCUACCUCUGUAGUCCAUAAACAGCCGAUGGGGGUAGGAUUGAUUCCUAAGUUAGUUCUAAAUUUAGAGAUGAACGUCGUAGUUUAUCGUGAAAGCUAAUUAUAAUAUAUUGAACUGCCUAACUGUUCGGACGUCCAUAUUUCUCAGACAUUUCCACCCAAAUUAGUGUGGCAUUUGUGGGUUGGCAGAACGUCGCAGUUAAAUCGUUUAUAGUUGUUUUAUAAUAGUAGUUGUUGUUGUUGUUGUUGUUGUUGUUAUUGUAUUGAAUUGUAUUGAUAUUGGUUUGGCGAAUCGGAAGAAAUCGAUCCAAUAGUUUCCCUGUUACCAGUCUAGAUGCUCUACCAUUGUUCUACAGGAGACUCGUGCGAACUAAGGCCAUUAAAUAAACGAGGUUCAUGUGACAAAUACACUGCACACUGCUGGGACUGCAAUGUCUUUAGGUUGCAUAUGCUCAGUGAUGUAAAUGUGAUGGUGAAUUUGAUAGAUGACUUGGUUCGUACUUAGACUAGAUCACGCUUUGGCCAAAAUAAUGGAAUUGCUUGUCGCCUGCCGGGUCAAUUUCAUAGUCGAGUCUUGUGGUGUAGACCUCUUUCAUAAUGGUGACCUAUUAAUAUAUUCUAUUAUAUGUAUGACAGUUAGUCUUUCUGGCCUCGUUUGAAAGUAAGAAUUAGUUUGUAUUUUGCACAUGCUAUGAAUUUGAAAUUUACUUUAAUUUAGUUUAUCAUGCAUUUUAAUACAGACCGAGUUAAGGUUCUUAUGGUGCGCAUGAAAAUUCUUUUGUAGAUUGAGCAGUUAGGCGACGGAUUGAAAGAAGGUGAUGUAAUACUGAGUAAUCACCCAAGUGCUGGAGGAACACAUUUGCCGGAUCUUACUGUCAUUACCCCGGUAAGGUCGUUGUUGCACAUUGAAACCAUCUAUCUGGUCAACUCGUUAUUAAACACUUAUAAAUCCUCUUCGUGAAAGCCAGCAUUAUGAUCUACGAAAUCCCUUUUGAUUUAUGUUUGAGCCAGCUGCCGAACAUUGGUCAUACAUGUAUUAGUUGCGAUUUCUAGGAUGUUUCUUGUUUAUCUGCAACUUGGUGUAAAUUAGUACAGUUGACUUCCGAUAACUCGAACCCUUGCUAACUCGAACCUAAGUCGAUUUCCCCUUGAUUUCCUUCAUACAUUUACCAUACUUUUACUCUCGGUAAGUCGAACCCUCGAUAACUCGAACCAUGUUUUAAGCGUGUGACAAGUCGAAAAAAAAAAACAGUGUACUGAAGUCUGAACAUUGAAAAAACGAAACAAGAAAAAAAAUCAAAACAAGAAUUCUUCGAGUCAAUUCUUUGUCUUUAAUUUUUUUGUCACUCCAGUUCAAAUUCAGUGUCCAUCUCAGUGUAUUAAUCUAGCUUUGCUGCUUCAUUCCUUUUUCAAGAUAUUAAUCUACAUCUCUUGCUACCCUUGAAGUGAAGUGUGCAUGAUAGUUGCAUUCCCUCCCAAUUCAUUCGCUUAUUUCGAUAUUCCCGGUUAUUUGCUUCGAACUCCCGAUAAAUCGAACUUUUUAUAUUUCCCCAGGAGGUUCGAGUUAUCGGGAGUCGACUGUGUAUUGUCACUGUUUUGUCCCCUUGGACUAGAUACUUGGCCUCUCAACCCCUAACACUCCACGCGAGCUUCUAAUAUACGCAUCGGCCCUGUGUUGUUUCCUUUUGCAACGUACUUUUUCCCACCUUUUCCUUGUCCCCGCCAAGGUUUUAAAAAGAGGAUAAUUUACCCUUGUAAGUGGGUGUUAGGAACUAUACCUUUUAGGAAAAUGACCCUGCUAAUAGCUUAAUAGCGUCCCAUACAUACCUAGGUGGCAACAUAUCCACUUGCUGCAUACUACAUCAGAAUUUUUGUUAAGCAUAGUCCUUUCAGCCUUCUGGGUGGCAAUGUUUGACGUUUUCUUUAUCUUAAAAUAUAUUUUGUUGUUGUUGUAGGUUUUCUAUCCUGGUCAACCAAAACCUGUCUUUUUUGUAGCAAGUAGAGGACACCAUGCUGAUGUUGGAGGAAUAGCCCCUGGUAAAAGACCCUUUCACGGUUUUUUCCAAUAAAGACCAGUAAGCGAAUAUCCAUCGACAGGCAUUGGUGGAAAGAGGUUCUUUAAAUAGCUGCGAUACGUCCAAAGCAAGCGAAAUUUGAUUGACGUAUGUAUGGUGGGCAGCACGAACUUGACCCUCACCAUACAAAAGUCUGUAAAAUAUCGCAAGUUUCUGAACUUUCUCGAGCUAUAUCUUUGUUAGUUCUCAACACAUCACUCUUAAUCUUGGCAAGUUUUUACUCAGUAAUGUUAAUGCUUUCUCUCCAGCAGUGUUCACUGAUUUUUGCAGACUAUUUCCAGUCAAAAGUUGAAAAACUGUGAAGUCUAUCAUUCAACAUUAACUGAAAGAAUUUGGCAACAAAUAUAUUGCCAUUUUGAAAGAGAUGAGAGUGGAAAGCUAGAUGACUUUUUUAUUUUCCAGGCUCGAUGCCACCAAAUUCUCAUACUAUCUUCGACGAGGGAGCUGUCUUUAUGUCUUUUAAACUUGUAGAUGGUGGGAUUUUUCAGGAAGAAGGUAUAUUUAGUCAUAAAAAUAAUGUUUUACACGACGGGUUCUUGUAUAAUUAGCUUUUGACUUUUCCCCACCCUUUGAGGGAUUUUCUUCCGUUGUGAUUAUAGAUACGUGAAGUUUUGUUUUUCAUUUAUAUGUUAGCUCUUAAAGAAAAGCUUCUGAAACCUGCUGAGUACCCUGGUUGUAGUGGAAGUCGCAACAUUCAGGAUAACAUCUCAGAUCUCAAAGCACAAGUCGCUGCUAAUCACAAGGUAGAAGAUUCAUUGUCUGUCAAAAAUGAGAAGGGUUUGGCGAGAGAGGCUAUCACUUCAGUGGCAUUGACUUCCCGAUCAUUAAAGAGGAGAAGUCUUUACGUCACGUUGCCAUGUUACCAUGGUAACACAAUUUUUGGAUCUCAACAAACCGUGGUCCUACAAAUGCGACAUUGAAAAAAAACGAACAGUUGGUGUGUAUGACUUUCCUGUGCUUGAUUGCGCUCAGGAUGAAAACGGUAGUCCAUUCUUUUCUUCCAUCGUUCGACAAUGAAAAUGGCCGUCUCUGUCAAGAACGAUGGUUGAGAACCAGAAAUUUUGCUACCAUGGUAACAUGACGUCACACAUUUCCUUUCUAUCUUAGCUACUGUUCCCAAAAGUACAAAUUCUCCGAUCCAUUUACAUAAAAGUGAAAAACAGUUAGGACCAUUUGAAGGUACUGCGCGGGAGGUUUCAUUUAAAAGGUCACCCAAUAGUAUUUCAUCCACAGUUUCAAAUGUCAAAACUACAGUAUAUGUAGCUCUGGUAUCGACCUCAGAAGUAAAGGGUUAAUUUAUUCUUACUCGCCCUGAGGAGAAUCCACCUCAAACAGGGCUCCAAACAUCCCUAGUAUACUACUACAAGAAGAGCAGUAAAGAAAAGUGCAACUUUGUUAAUGCAAUCACGUAAUGAUUGUGAACAUCUGGUCGUAUUAACUAUGUUUUAGAUAGAGCGGCUUACAUUUGAAAUGACUUCCUCAAGUGUUUGCAUGUGAUUUGUUUUAUAAGCCAGUAGUUGCAAAGAUCCAAACUCAAAACAUGGACACAUCUUUUUGUCGAAAAAGAAAACCUAAAUAUGGGAAAAAUGUCGUUCGAAUGUCCAUUCGGCAGCUUCCUUCACUCCACGUCAUGGAAUAUAACUUUUCAACUGGGAAUGCGUUGUGUCUUUGCUAAAGCAACCAAAGCCACGCGCGCAUUUGAUUCUAUGUGUAAAACCAAUCGAAUUCUUAUUUUUUUUUAUUGCUCUUAAAAGGUCCAGCCAGUUUCCAAUUGCCAGUAUUGUCCAUGCUGAACUUGCAAUAACCAUGUGUGUUCCUUUAACCCUCCAGGGAAUUCACCUUAUUAACUCCUUAAUUGACGAAUAUAGCCUGCCUGUUGUUCAAGCAUAUAUGAAAUAUAUCCAGGUAUGCUUUCAAGGCCCUUUGCAGCUCGCAGUUACUUGACCUUAAUUUUCCAAAAAUUUUGGGAUAUAAAUCAACAAUACCAGAGAUGAAAAAAGCAGGAGAAAAUUAGCUAGAAGACCAAUUUUGAGGUUACUGACACUGACAUUAGACUAAGAUUUUAUUGGUGUUAGAAUGUCGGUAACCAGGAGCUCAGAACUAGGAGCGAGCUACUUCCAUGUACUCAUGUUACAGCGUUUUCACCCUUCAGUUUAGUUUUAGAACAAUUUUCGCGGGAAUUUAAAAUAUCCCUUAAGUCUCACAAACUGGUCACCAAAACCUGCAGACCUCAAAAUGCCAUUUUUGACCUUUUUUUUUCUUUUGCUCAUCUUAUAUUUCGAUUCGCUCAUGGACGGAGUGGAGCUUACAUUUUCGCGGGAAAAAGUGCUCUAGAAUGCAUCCAAAUAUAAUCCGGUCCCUGAAAACCCCAUGACAUUGGCCAAGUGUGGGAGUUGCUUCCUCCGGGGGAUGGGCUCCUGCUGUAAGAUUAUAAGGGAAUAAUAUUGUUAAUCGCACGCACCCUUUACCUCUCCACAUUUAGAAUGGUAAGGUGAGGGCUUAUACUUUCCCAAUACAAACUUCAAAUGUCAAAUCAGUUUGCGUUCUUUAGUUGAUAUUCGUAUUUCUUGUUUUUGUUCAGCAAAAUGCAGAAGUUGCAGUGAGGGAAAUGUUGACGGAGAUUGCCCACAAGACCAAGGUGUGGGGUAUAAUCCGGUGGCAUACUAUUUCAUUAGAUUGAUGUUGUGAUCUGCUUAUUAUGAGUUCGUUGGCCAUAAUACCUGGCUCCAGUUGUUCAAAAGCUGGAUAGUGGUAUCCACCGGAUAAAUCACUAUCUAGUGGAUAAGUAUUAGGGGAACCAGUUGCGUUAUCCAGUGGAUAGAGAUUUAUUCGGUGAAUACCGCUAUUUACCUUUUGAACAAGUGGGACCUGGACGAUUAUAACCGACCUCCAACGCUUGUAUGUUUUUUUUUUUGUAAGAUAUUACUCUAGAGAACUGUUUCUUUCAAUUUUGGUUAUGAUCAUGUGCAUAUGUUCGCAUAAUUCAUAAAAAGACUAAGGCUAUGGCUACACGGUACUGGAUAGCUUUCUUGCCGACAUGAAAAGCUAUGGAGUACAGUAUGAUUGGUAACGGCACAGAACUGGAACAAGUCCUUCAUCGCAAGGCAGCGGUUGGCCAAGAGGGUUUGGUGUUGUCUAGUCCCUGUACGGCAUUUUACCAGGCCCUCUCGGUCAAUUCACCACGGUGACGUAUCCGGGGCGAACGGGCGGGAAACAUUUUCGCUUGGACCACGUGACCCGAAACACUUUGGCCGCGCGGAAUAACGAGGCCUAGGGACUGGGCAAGGUUUUGGUGCACUAAAUUCUGCAUAUUUACAUCCGUCUCAGUAGAUUCCAGGCCUCAAUCCUACUCAUUUACUUCCGCUUCGGUCCUAACACCAGUUCGCACUGCGACGAAGAGUAGCAGAAACCUAUCCGACAUGUGACGAACAUAAAUCUCCGUUCUCAUGUCUAAACAGCAGCAGCCCCUAUCGGUGUGGCUUUUUUUUUCUCAAGGCAAAUUGCCUUGAGAACGUCACGUGACAAGUUAAAGAGGUUCAUUACAAAAAUUGUUGGAUUUUUACUCGAGUAACUCAGCUCAAAUGAAGACAAAAUAUGAAUCAAUCUCUAUUGCUUUCAAGUAGUUUAUAUACAUACAGACCAAAUGAAACUAAGGCAUUUUCGCAAAGUAAGUUAACCAGGCUAAGGCUGUAUGUUCACACUACACUGGAUCGCCUUUUGUGCCAGCACGAAAAGCUAUUCAGUAUAGUAUGAACACCAUAUCCGAUAUGUGACUGAAGAUAUGCGCGGCGCAGCUUCGCUUCGUUACAAAAAUCCGCACCGGAAUCACCGUUCUUAUCUAUGAACAGAGGCCCUGUCCGGUAUGGUUUUAGUGCCGGUGCAAAAGCUAUACCGUACAACGUCAACAUAGCCUAAUGUAAGGAAAGAACAUUUGUUGCAAGUCAAGUACCUCAAUAAACAUUGUAAUUUACUUCUUAUUUCAUCUGUUUUGAUGACACAUUUUGAAAGUCACUUAUUUGACACGUGGGGUAGAAAAUUGCUUAUUAAUACUUUUCUUAAAUAAUAUUUUGUGAUCACUGUGGAUAGGAACGAACAGGAAGGUCAGUCUUACAAGCGCUGGAUCACAUGGAUGAUGGUACUCCAAUCAAUCUCACAGUCUCCAUUGAUGAAGACAAGGUAAUUUAGAAUAAAGUUGUUUAUUCGUCAUACACAUCAAGUUUUAUAUUCCGAUGUUUUACAGUGUAAACGAUUAGGCUUGUUUAACCGCUGUGGUCAGAUUAAACGUUUACACAUGCGCGGGGAACGUUUGUCGCAGCAAUUUAGAUUUUCUAAAGACUGGGCCAAAAAAUCAAAGCUGGAUUGAUGUUAAUUGAACCGGGGUUGAGUAGCAAAACCCCAUUAAUACCCAUUAAGUUACCAUUCUUAUUCUAAGAGCUUCGAAGCUUAAAGUCAGCGCCAUAGAUCGAGAGUUUUGGUUUCCCGUUCGUGGAUAAGCAGCUGUGCCAUUUUUGUAACCUUUGGUAAGGGAUAUUGUUUCAAAUUCCUGAGGCUGCGCAGAAAGCCGGAAAUCCGCGAUUAGUGACUUCCUGUUUCGGAACCAACCGGAGAACUUGAUCCGUGGCGCUGGGCAAAAUGAUCGCAGCUCUGGGGACGAGAAUGUUAUGUUUCAUUUUGUUAAAGAAAAAGAAGAUUAACACUAGCCUCAUGGGCUUCCUGUGUCAUAAGAAAGUAACCGGCCUGUACCGUACCGUCAUAAUGUAUAUACCCUGUUCUAUGUUUACAGGGGAAUGCAGUAUUUGAUUUUACAGGAAGCGGAUAUGAAUCUUAUGGCAACUGUAACGCCCCUCGUGCAGUGGCUCUGUCAGCUCUCAUCUACUGUCUGCGGAGUAUGGUUAAAUAUGAUAUUCCUCUCAAUGAGGUACAGAUUGCAUUUAAAGGGACUAAAUCACUCUAUUUGCUAUCUUGAAAAGCUAAAACUUUUCUCGCGUCUACUGAAUUUCAAAAAUAAUGGCCCAGUUUUGUUACUGAAGGGCCAACUUUUUCACGUUUUAAUGCAAUGCCCGCGAAACUCACCAAAAAUAUUACAAGUAAUAACCAAAGGUUAGGGAGUGCGGGCGACAACGAUUAGAGGUCCAAACGCUUUUGCUCCAUCGCUAUGCUUUACAUAAGUUUCACGUCUCAGAUGGUCAAAACACGCGUGAUCAGAUUACGAAGGGUAGAAGGUCGAGACGCGCAUGAUCAAAUUGCCUUCUGUGCAUUCCAUUCAUUCUUAAUGGAAGUCCAAACGAAUGCUGGUAACAUACACGCGACGCAUGCGUAAUAACAACCUUUAGAUUAGGAUUGCGGGCUCGUCUUGUCGCCCGUAAUUAUGGUUAGUGCAGCCUUGUGAAAUCUGUUUGUUUAUGAAAUUUGUGUAUGGUUAAAGACACAAAUUUAAAACAACUUCAGCACAGGAUUGACCUAAAACAGCAAUAACAUCGUGACAUAUUAUAAAUGAAACUUUUUUAAAAUGUUAAAAAAUUGCACCUGUAAUAUAUUAAGAAUUCCAAAUUUCUAAUGCCUCAAGAAAGUCGUUGGACUGUUGGAAUAGCUAUGAUUUUUAGUAGAUGAAAGUGCGCUAAUAGAGAUUGAAAAUAAUUGUAAAAUCCUUAUUGCUUCCUUCUUAAUAAGGGAGUUUCGUAAUUUUAUCUUGAAUUCAAUUUUAUCACUAACCAUAUGUUUAACGGUGUUCAUUUCAUAGAAUGAAGAUGAUGUGAACGUCAGAAAUACAAAUUUAAAAGAAGAUAUAAGAUAAAUUUUGUAUUUUCCUCAGUUCACACUACCUUUAUUCAAUGUUUCUUUCCUUUCACGUGUUAAGAUGAACUCAAUCAAUUGGUCUGCUCCCAAUGGUAUGGCUGUUCAUAGCUCAGCUGGUAGAGUACUGCAGCCUUAACUUAGAGGCCAUGCGUUCCAAUCCCGUUGAAGCCUCGAAGUUUUUUAUCGGGUUGUUUUGCAGUAGGCCAUUUUACAGUUAUGGAUGGAAGCGAGGCUAAGGGUGACCUUGUUUUGAUACAAACCUUCUUUGCUUUGUUAUGGAAAUUGUUCUUGAAAAAUACUAGUUAGCAGAAGAAUAACUUGUAUAACUUACAUAAUAAAGCAAGAAGGUUUGUAUCAAAACAAGGUCACCCUCAGCCUCGCUUCCAUCCACAACUGUAAAAUGGUCUAUUGCCUAAAUUGCUAUAAUAACUACAAUGAUCAUGUCCUCAUUUCCAUUUAGUGUUGAUUCCCGUAGGUGUACAGAAGAAUUUUAUCAUUAUUAAUAAUGAAGUGUUGUUUUUUAAAUGAUAACUACUACAGGGUUGUAUGGUGCCGGUUACAGUUCAAAUCCCCUCUGGCAGCCUCCUGGAUCCAUCACCAACAGCUGCAGUCGUUGGGGGAAGCGUACUAACCACGCAAAGGAUUGUGGAUGUUGUUCUUAAGGCUUUUGGAGUCUGCGCUGCUUCUCAGGUACUUCAUGUAACACUAUCCCAAAUUAGAACUUACGCUGGAUUGAUCAAACUUUCACACCAUUUCAUUAUGUAUGUUCACUAAUGUUGCAUGAGCAAUUUUGUAGUUUUGUGUAAAGCCCCGCCUGAACGAUCAAACAUUUUCCUCCAAGAUCGUGUUUGAAGUAGUCUGCUACACAGUACAGCGGUUUUCAGUGUCAUCACGGAGCACAGGAGCGUUACGUGACGACACUAAGAACGGCUGUAUAGCAGACUAUGUUUGAAGAGCAUGUUUUACCGUUCAACGCCUCUCAACAUUGCAUAUAAGUAGUGUGCGGCGGAAGAAAAGAUACCUUAUUGUACAGUUAUUUGAUAAAACUACCGUUGGUGAAUAAAAUUUUCACUCACUCACUCAUGUUUGAUCGUUUAGCCACCUCAUGUUGUGUAGGACAAAUACCCCCCGGGGGGGUUACUCCCUUAUAUAAGCCAUAUAGUUAUGUGCCGCCCCAAAGGGUGUGGUUUGUGGGACUUCUCAGUCUAAAAACAGGUAUACACUUUGCCCAUGUUGGUCUGGAAUCGGGUAUGGUUUUCGAGGGAACUAAAGGAGCGUAUGAACGUGUUUAUCGUUUCAAUUCCAAAUGAAUAAGAAAGAAAUAGAAAUACCGUUUUUGCGUUGUUUUUCUUUAUAUUUGAGGGCAAUUUUCCAAGUACAAGCCCCCGGGGGGUUUAUAUUUGGAGGGGCGAUUUAACGGAGCGUUCAUUGCGUUACAGGUUUGAGGGGCUUAUACAUGGAGGGGCUUAUAUUAAUAAUUUUACGGUAUGCGAAUUCGAAAUGUUUUUGUUUACGUUCAAAUCUAAGUAAUGAUGACAUAAUUUCUACCCAAAACCCAGGUCUGAAAAUGGGUAUAGAUUUUAGAGAUCUGGUCUGAAAACGGGAGUGGAAAAUGACAUUUUUUGGUCUGAAAUAGGGUCAGGAUUUGGAGAACCGGACGGCACACCCCCACCAAGAAUUCCCAGGAGUACUCCCCCACUGGGAGAAAUACAAAGUCGGACGAAAAUGUUUGUCCGCAUGUAUGUAUAUUUUUCCCAGGGAUUCGAGUGGACAGGCUCUUAAACCAAUCUGGAGGUCGGUUUUAAAAUGUUACGGUUCCGGUGAGCGGAUUCGUGGGACGAAAGGCCGAUUCGUGAAAAAAUAAAGACACAUCUGGUUGCAAAAAUAUCCGUAGUCUUCUACGGUUAAUGCGUAAAAAAUGCAAAGAAUGUGGAAAUAUUUCGAACGAAAAUGAAACAAGUAUUGAAGUCGGCUUUCUUGGGGAAUGAGAGGAAAUAUUCCUGUCGGGGAGGGCGAAUACUUAGCUUCCUCCAAUCGUUGUUAAUUGUUUUUAUAGGGCUGUAUGAAUAACACAACUUUCGGAGAUGAAGGCUGUGGUUAUUAUGAAACAGUUGCUGGAGGCGCCGGAGCAGUAAGUCGCGAGUGUUGUACCUUGUCAUUCAUUCAUUCAUUCAUUCUUUCAUUCUUUCAGACAUAUUUUAAACUGAAAUAUGGUUAGCCCUUCAAGUGCAGGCCGCACAUCCGCACGCGAAUUUCCAGAUUCAAUAAGACUUCAUGGAAUGUUGAUGUAAAUUCAAUUAGCACUUUAAUGGAGUUAAUUCGUCGCUUCUUUAUUGCUUUUUCAGGGUCCAACAUGGGAAGGUCGGAGUGGUGUUCAUAGUCACAUGACAAAUACAAGAAUAACAGAUCCCGAGAUUCUAGAAAGAAGGUGAAUGAGUAGUUAUGUUAAAACUUGUCUGUGAGCGCUUUCGAUUUACCAAGAAAUUCCGGAAAUUCUUAUUGGGAUGUAAAUACUACUUUUUUCGAGCCUUCUUCUGGAAAAUUCUUGGGAAUAAGUGGAACUUUGAAAAUCUAGUCCCUUUUAUUCAAAAAAAUAAGCUCUGUAAAUGAUGUUUCACUAGUGUAACUGUCAGAAAUUUUCAAGCAAGUUAUCUGAUAUUUCCCUUUUUCCCUCAGGUAUCCAGUCAUCCUUCUUCGUUUCCACCUUAAUCCCGGCACUGGAGGUGAUGGUUUUCACAGGGGAGGUGAUGGGGUGAUUCGGGAGUUGGUUUUUAGAAAAACCCAGGUUUUGUCAGUUUUAACAGAGAGGCGAUCAGCUUUUAGACCUUAUGGAGUACAAGGUAAGUCUCACCAGGGAACCGAACUCGUAACUUCCCGCACUGAAGGCCCUUGCUCCCUAAUGUUUCAACUACGUUGCAUAUCUGACAGAGGCUGAAUUCCCCGGCUUUACUUCUCGGUCACUGCAUUUCACUGACGUAUCCGAGACGAACCACGUGACCCAUCGGCUGCGCGCAAUGAUGAAGCCUAGGGACUAGAUAAGUUUGAUCGGAAGUCUAUCAGCAGUUAUCUCCUGAAACUUCCUAUUUCUUUACAGUUCCAGCAAAGCUGCAUUUAUAAAGAUGUUGGUCGUAGCAAAGCAGAUUUUUCACUUGUCACUGAAUUCUCCGUCUACCAUCAGUAUAUCAUCCACUACUUUUCACAGACACAUUUCCACUAACAACGCAAAUCAAUCUUAGAAAGGAUUGGUAAUUGAGUAGUUUCAAAUAACAAUUUCCUUCUUACGAAAUUUGCAGGAGGCAACCCGGGAUCCGUUGGUGUUAACCUUCUAAUAGACAAUACUGGGCGUGUUAUUAACCUUGGAUCCAAGUCAACCGUCACAGUGAAUGCAGGGGUAAUGUUGUUUUAAAAGUAAAGUAAAACCUUUGAGGAUACUAAAUAAGGUUAGACCAGUUGUGGGUCACGUGUCACUUAUGUCCCCGCAAAUUCAUCCCCAGCCUCUUUCCUCUUAUGUUAAAUUUAUAGCAACCCGCUGAGCUUUUAGUGGGGGGGUUGCGGGGGGAUACUUUCAUACCUUAUUGCCCGUAACAUGCGCAGAAGAGCUCUCGGGUUGAGAAUGUGCCCGUAAGGAAGUAACAUCUGCGUGAAUCCCUGUCCGAAGGGGUGCAUUACAGUCAAACACGUCAUGGCUUUAAGUACCAUGAGGAAAUGCAGGGGAAGCUAUUUAAGUGACAUACAUGUAGACGAUUUACUUUAUCUCAUCAAUAAAAUCACUUAAUUACCGUAAAUCCUCUUUAAAGCCAUGCGAACAAACUCCAGGCGAAAAAAUUUGGUUAACUUGUAACUGUACUUCCGCACGAUCUCAAUUUUCGAGUAUGCCGACUUUCUUUCAAAAAUUUGCAUACGCCAUCCAUAUCAAUCUUCCAAGUGACAGCUGUCUAAAUGAGGUAUCCGCUGGCCCGUAUUACUUGUGCUCAGUUAGGUUCGUCGAGGUCAUGUACGUUUUAAUGUAUCUGCUGACCAAUUGAUAAUUUUCAUCGAAUCGCGAGUUCGACUUUGUAAUGGAAGACAGGCUCCUGGAGUACUUCAGAUCUAAAUCCCUGUUCAAUCGAUUGAUGUCUCAAGGAAGUGGUUGUUAUUUAACGGAAAAACCCAAUUUAGGCUUAACUAAAUCAAUAUUAUUUCUUGCGUCAUUUACAUUCUUCUUUGACUCUUCUUUAGGCUCGACAUUUCCUCUCUUUUUGCUUGCGAGAGGUCAACUUGUAUCAGUGAUUCUGAUCUUAAAAGAAUUCUGGAUUCAUUUCCUUGCAGGAUCGGCUUAGAGUCCAGACUCCUGGUGGUGGAGGAUAUGGCAACCCAACUAACCAAAUUGCUGAAGGAAAUCAAUCUAGCAGUCUUAAUCUGUAACCCGAAAUAACGAUUACAGAAUAACGGACUUUUAUAUUUCUUGAAUUUUUUCAAGGAAUAUGAACAGCGAUGUACAUCACGAUUUCCCAAUUUGGUUCAACAGUGGCUUAAAGUGUCGCUGUAAAGCGCGCUCUACCAAAUAAAAAGCAACCCUCUUAAACUUCCAUCCUUUAACAAUGUCUCUGUAAAAUUUUAUCUAAAUCGCCUCUAAAAAAAACUAGAUAUAAGCACUUUAAAGAUGUAGCACAAGCAAGAUUUUGCCAUAUGAAUUUACCCAUAGGUAGGUGUUUCCCCAGCGGCCUUACUGACGUUAAAUUAUUAAUUCUAGCGCAGUUUUGUUCUUUGUAUGAACGUCUGCUAAAUAAGGUAGAAAAUCCUCAUCACUCUCCAUCGUUUCGUUCCUCCAUUUUUGCUGACCGAGUCAAUUCAAGGUCAGAAAAAUUCAUCUUAAACCCAUUCACACCUGAUCUGCCUAUUAAUAAUCACCCGUGUGGCCUAUCCAUGUCCCUUGCUCUGCUUGUGUCGUCCCCAGUUUUGGCUGCACUACCGGGGAGAAGAGAUCUUUUUAACCACACCCAAAUGAACACGAUUCAUUCAGAUGCACAAAGCCCCCAGGGGGGACUCCCAUAUAAACUUGAAGUGACGGAGAUGCUCGUCGUCUCGCUUAG